CGAAUGCGCCCCUUGAAAAUUGUACAUCCGGUGUGCAAACAACAUGGCUGCGGUCAGAGGCAAAGUCGUGACUUUUGCUAAAAAUGGACUUUUCCGCAAAUUAUCAAGCAUCCAUGCUGCUAGCUGUCCAGUGCACACACUUGUCAGAAGGAGGGUGAUUGAAUUUUCAAGUAACUCUCCAAUCACUUGCCAGACCAGGAGCAUACAGUACAAAACUGUCGAGGAAAACCGGCAGAAUGAAACACUAUAUCUAGAUAACCACGAAAGAAAACUGCAAAAUGCAUUAACGCACGAUGAUUAUUUUCAAGUGAAAGACUUGGUCAAAGUUGAGGACCUCUUCGAAACUUGUGCUCAUUUAGGCCACAAAACUGGAGUUCGUAAUGAGUACAUGUCGCCAUAUAUUUACGGUAAUAGGAUAGGAGUGGAUAUUCUGGAUCUUGGACAGACAGUCGAACACAUGCAAUUGGCAUUAAAUUUUCUAGCACAUAUAGCCUACAGGGGAGGUGUUAUUUUGUUUAUCAGCAGAAAUGUGCAAAGUAUACCCCUUGUUGAGAAAACAGCAGAGGAAGCCGGAGAGUACAGUCACUGUAGGUACUGGCGGGGAGGAAUCUUCACCAAUGCUACACAGCAGUUUGGCUCCGUCACACGGCUCCCGGACACCUGCAUUUUUCUCAGUACUUUAAACAGCGUGUUUGAGCAACAUACUGCCGUUGUCGAGACCGCAAAGAUGCUGAUUCCUACCGUAGGAAUAGUGGACACCAACACUGAUCCUAGGCUUAUCUGUUACCCUGUUCCAGGAAACGAUGACUCAUUACAAGCCAUUGCACUCUAUUGCAGGCUUUUCAAACAGGCUAUAUUAAAUGGCAAAGAAAUGCGUAAGAAAGAUGGAUUAGAGUAAUUCAAAGUACACGUUAAUGUUUUCAUAUGGUUUGGACGUCCAAGAAAUCAUUGUAUAUUCAAUGAAGUGCUUGAUGUAUAUUCAUUAACAACAACUAUCAAUAUUUUAAUAAAUUCAUCCAGGUGUC